GGAGCAACAAAACGAUUUUAAAAAAGCAAGUCGUCAAAAUAAAAAAUAAACAUCAUUAAUCAUUUUGUUACUGUGAGCUGAAAACAUAAAUAGUAUUUAACACUAUUAUCAAAUUUUCAACAGUAAGUAUCGAAAUGGAGGAAAGUCCUUCAAAUUCAACUCUAGCUCGUAAAACGAAAAUUUGUGGAUUAUGUGAAGCAAACGUAAGCAAAUAUUGUUGCCCUCGCUGCGAUGUAUUAUACUGCUCAUUAGAUUGUUACAAAUCGGAUAAACACUUAGAAUGCUCGGAAAGUUUUUACCGAGAUUGCAUCAACGAAGAACUUUCCUACCAACACGCAGAUGAGGGCUCACGACACCAAAUGAUCGAUAUUCUGAAACGGAUGAAUGAAAAUAAUGAGUCCCUGGAAGAUUUACAACCAGGUGAUGAGGAUGCAAAUGAUGAUGAUUUUGACUCGGAUGAUAAUGACGAAGUCGAUUUAGAAGAAAGAAUAAAAAAUUUAGAUUUGAAUGAUGCUGAUGCUCUUUGGAACGUACUGACGGAUGAUGAAAGAAAUGAGUUUGAAGCAUUGUUAAGUAAAGGUGAUGUUGGUUCCAUAAUGCCACAGUGGGAGCCCUGGUGGGUUGGAAACAAGGAAAAAAAGUUGGUUAAAGAUAUGGAUGAGUGUAAGGAUGAAUUGAGUAGGUGUCCAGCAAUAAUAGAAGUCCCAAAAUUAAACACACUUACUAACAUCAAGCCAUCACCAGCAAUCAUUUUUAACAUAACAAAUGUGCUGUCCUCUUAUGUGUUUGUAAUCAGAUACUUCAAUGGAGAAAUAGAACCUGUUGAAGGAGUUUUAUGUUUAUUGAACAUUUGUGCUAAUUUGGACACCAACACAAAUUUUGAUGAUUUUGCCACUGCAGUGGAGUCAGUUGCACAAAAGUGUCUUCAGAGUGAGCUAAUACAAACUGAUGAAAUCAGCUUAAAUGUUAUGAAGCAUGAUACACAUCUUAUACUAGAAGGGCCAAGUGACGAUAACAAGAAAUAUUAUUGCCAAGCAGCAUUAUCACAUUUGAGUAAAAUAUUUAGUGAUGCAAAGAAAGCGGAAAAACUAAAUAAAAAAGAUUCAGACAAAGGUAAAGAUGUUAACAGGUUUUCAAAGAAGUUUCCAGAACACACACAAAGUCAUUUGCCUAAACUAGAUGUAAGCAAAGUAAAGAAAUGUAUGAAGAAAGUGGAAUAUUACUUGUCAUAUAUAGAAAGUUAUGGUAUGAAUAUGGAAUAAAUAUUAUAUACCAUGCAUAUGAA